AUGAGAUAUUGGAAGAGGAUUGAGCACGAUCUUGGACUUGAACUUCUUUAUCUUUAUGAACGCUCAUUGGUUAGCUUUAUAGCGAACUGGAUUGUGAGGAUAAGGUGGUGGGAUAUGGUUACAUCUUUGUUUGGUGCAAGCACAUUACCUGUAUUACAAUUUGAAGCACCACCUUCAUUAACAUUCUCGGAUCAUGUUCCAAUUAGCUUCUCUGUUACAUUAUCAAUUAAUCAGCCUGUUAUUGUUACCGUCAAUCUUUUGACAGCCGACUUUCGACCGCAUCAUCUUAUCAUUACACCGCAACAACCUAUUAUUAAUAUUGCCGAAUCUACUACUCAUAAAUUUGAAGACUUAUACAUUAGAAGACCGGCUCGAACAGUUGAACAGGAUCCGAUUCAGUCCACAGAAACAAAUCAACAGUGUAGUAGUGAUAUUAAAAAAGUGGAUGAAAGGUGGACGGAAGAAGAAGAAAGUAUUCGAAUAAUGGUUGAAGCAGCAGCACCUUGCGCUUCGUCAGUGAUUGUUUCCGAUAUAAUGCAUCGUAAUAGCGCACCGCUUAAAGUGAUUGAAGUGAGUCACAGCAUUGUGCGGAACGCUAAAGAAACAAUAUGGUUGUUAUUAAACAAACCGGUAAUUGAUGUUGGCAUAUUCGUUGAUAUUGGCAAUCGAAUGUUACCCGUUGAACGAUUGAAAAUUUAUGAUAAACUGGUCAUAUUUUCUUUACCAACUCUUGCGAUUCCGAAGAAGAUAGAUAGAACAUCAUCCGCAACAAAUAACUUCAAAAUAUUUUUGAGAAGUGGUCUACAACAGUUGGAACUUCCGGUGCAACUGCAUGUCAGUGAGAGAAGUAAUAUACAUGACACAGCAGAAGUUGUGGAUAAGGAAGCGUUAAUAGCAUCGUUGUUUGAAUUUGCUGCCGAAGGAGAACCGUUGGCUUUGGUAAAACCAUUGAUACCGCUUCUUGGUACAUUUGACAACGACGGCUGCAAUGCCUUACACGUCGCAGCGCGUAAUAAGCAAAAUUUUGCACUAAAGACAAUGCUAUCGGUGCUAUGUGAGUGUAGCAAUGAAGCGGAACGUCAAAGAAUUCUUAAUGCACCAAAUACUCGCGGACAAACAGCGCUUCAUUGCGCGGUACGAGCUGGUGAUCCGGAUUGCGUACAUUAUUUAAUUAGUGCUGGUGCUAAAAGAAAUGUUGUGGAUAAUAAUAUGGAUACAGUUGCGCAUUAUCUGGGAGAGGCUUACAACGAUGCAAUUUAUAAAGAGAUUUUGGAAACGAGCAGUAAUGAGGAAGCAGGAAGUGAUGACGGUGAUGUCAAUAGAGAUAAUAUUUUAGCCAAAAAAAAUAGUUCUGGAUACACCCCAGCCCAUAUCGCUGUUAAAAAGCUAAAAUUAAGUUUAUUAGAAGCACUGAUAGAGGCCGGUGCUCCAGUAGAUAUUCCUGACAAUGAUGGCAAAACACCGCUCCUGACAGCCCUUCACAUGGAUGACAUUGAUGCAGUCUCUUUACUCGCUCAGCACAAUUGUAAUGUUAAUGUAAUGUCGAAUAAUGGAGACACACCUCUCAAAGUUGCAUGUAGGAAGAGGAAUCUUGUUAUGAUCGGACGUCUUCUGGAUGCUGGAUCAACUACGGAUUCUCUAGGAACAGGUGACGAACGGCCAGUAGAAGCAGAUGAUGAAGAUGUGCAGCGGAUUCUAAACGGCGAACGUAUUGAAGUAUCUAAUACAUAUGAACAAAACGGUCUUGAGGAAGAACAAGAAACCAAUGAAUUGCAAAGUGAAGAAUCGACUAGCACAACAGCAAGCACCGAUGCUGCAACUAGUUAUCGACUUCGGACACUCAAAGACGAUGUUUCCUGUUUGGAUUAUAUGACAAGGCUAAGGUUGUCGAAGAUACUGGAUGUGGAGGACAAAUGGACGAUAUUGGCAGAUCAUCUUGGCUGUGGACACAUGGUAGAGUUCAUUCGUGUUUGUCUAGAUGAUUCUUCCUCACCAACCAUGAUGCUGCUUGAUCAAUAUGAACAAGUUCCAAAUGCAAAUUUGUCAACUGUAACACAGUCCUUGGAAGAUAUGGGCGAAAUACUUGGGGUACGUUUGAUACAGGCUGGAAAUGAGCAACAAUGA